CAGAUCUAUCGAAAUUAGCAUUUGGCGGUUCUGACUUCUGAUUAUCUGAUUAUAGUCACACACGGGCUCAGCACGUCGAACUAAACAGUAAAUUAGUAGAUAUUGUUCUUUGAUUCCAGUAUUUAAUGGAUAUUGAUAACCAACUACGUAGUACGUUAUGACUUUACUCAAAUAAGUAUUAAGUCAAAUGAUAAAUGUCUAUAAAAUAUCAACCAUGCGGCAUUAAUAGUGUAAAUCUUAAAUUUACUUAGAUAUCCUGAUUUGCAAUGUUCCGUUUACAUGUUGCAACUGAAACUGUGUUAAAGCUUCGCGGGGUAAUCUGAACUCAAUUUUUGUAGUAGUGUAGUUCUGUUUUAUCACUGUCUAUCACCAACAACUAUAAUUUGUUAUUAAUUCUUAUUAUUACAAUAAAUACACGUGGACAUGGAUAAUUAUAUUUUACAGGUAUAUUAUGGGAAAAGUAAAGAGAAGAAGUCUGCGACAGCAAAAACGACGACAAUCUAAGAGAUUAAUUAAAAAAAAAUAUAUAUCUAUAACACCAACUAUGGAUAUUAAUGAAACAAAAAUAAGUGCUGUUGAGCCUAUUGAGAUUAUCGAGAAUAAUGAUAAUUCACUUUCAGCAGAAACACCAAUAGAUGUUCUUAAAAGUAUGAAAACUGUUUCCUCAAAAGUAACAGAACCAAACAUUACAAGUGAUGAAAUCAUAGAUAUAACUAAUAUUACUGCUGAAGAUAUUGCAUUUGAAAAUUUCGAAACUGUAAAUAAAAAACCAGUCCUGAACAUCAAUAAUGAUGAAAUAAUAGAUAUUACUGAUAUUACUAUCAUAAGUGAUAAAUAUGAAGAUCCCCCUGGACAAUUUCCAAGUGAUAAAAUAUUGCAUGAUGAUGAUGAUGAUGAUGAUGAUGAUGAUGAUGAUGAUGAUGUUCAAAUCAUUGAUGUUCCUACUCGUGACUCUAUUGAACUUAUUACUAUAUUGGAUGACAGUGAUGAAGAAAAUACAUUAAAUCAAAAUUCUAUUAGAAAACCAAUUAGUUUUAAUUCUGUACAUGAACGUCUAGGUAAUUCUACAAAAGGCACAAUUAAAAGCUCAUAUAACAGCCCUUUACGUAACCGUAAAAGGAGAUGGGAUGAAGAAAAUUUAGCUAGAUUGGAUAAUAACUUAGGAGCAUUUGUUAUUGAUAAACAAAAAAUUUCUAAUGACAAACAGAAUCUCUCACAAAAUUUUAUCACAUUGAAACCAAAAGCGGUUAAAAUUUCUAAACCACAUUUAGCUUCAACAGUUACAACUCCCAGCGCUAAUAGAAAGCUACGUCCAAUCAUCAUCGAUGGUUUAAAUAUUGGACAUGCACAUGGUUCAGGAGUGUUUUCAGGAAAAGGCAUUGAAUUAUGUAUACAAUUUUUCACUGAUCUAGGACAUAAAGAUAUAGUAGCAUUCAUUCCACAACAUCGACAGGGACCACCUGGGUCUGAAUCAAAUACUAUUUUAAAUAAGUUGGUUAAAAAAGGACAAAUUUGUUUUACACCUAGCAGAAAAGUCCAAAACUUAAGGAUGACAUGUUAUGAUGACCGAAUUAUACUCAACUAUGCCCAUCAAUGUGGUGGAGUAGUUGUUUCAAAUGACAAUUAUCGAGAUUUAUAUGAUGAAAGUGAAGCAUUCAAAGAAAUCAUUGAAAAUAGGCAAGUAAUGGUCACAUUUGUCAGGGAUCAAAUAAUUGUUCCAGAAGAUCAAUACAAUCGAAAAUCAACUAUCCGGUCUCUUUCAGAUAUUUUACGUUUUCCUGAAUAAAUUUAGCUAAAAGUGAUAUUUUAAUUAUAAAUAAAAAUGAAAUGUAGUUUAUUCUUAUAAUUUUUUAUUAUUAUUAUUAUUUUUAU